AUGGAGCCGCAGCCUCCCUCUCCCGCUCUCUCCAUCAAGGUGAUGCCUCCGGAGCCGCUGCCCAAGGGGAGCGCCCGCUGUCUCGAUCCGCACUCCCGCGCCAUGUCUCAGCCCGACGGGGAGCCGCUGCCCGGCGCCCUGGAGAAGGAGGACGCCCGCUCAGCGCCCAGCACUCCGUCCACGCCGUCCGUCUGCUCCCCGCCAUCCUCUUCCUCCUCCACGCCGUCGGCCGGCAAAAACGUCUGUUCCAGCUGCGGGCUGGAGAUCCUCGACCGGUACCUGCUGAAGGUGAACAACCUCAUCUGGCACGUCCGGUGCCUGGAGUGCUCCGUGUGCCGCACCUCGCUGCGCCAGCAGCACAGCUGCUACAUCAAGAACAAGGAGAUCUUCUGCAAGAUGGACUACUUCAGCCGGUUCGGUACGAAGUGUGCCCGCUGUGGCAGGCAGAUCUACGCCAGCGACUGGGUGCGGCGAGCGCGGGGCAAUGCCUACCACCUCGCCUGCUUCGCCUGCUUCUCCUGCAAGCGGCAGCUCUCCACCGGCGAGGAGUUUGGCCUGGUGGAGGAGAAGGUGCUGUGCCGGAUCCACUACGACACCAUGAUAGAGAACCUCAAGAGAGCAGCAGAGAACGGCAAUGGGAUCACGCUGGAGGGGGCUGUGCCCUCGGAGCAGGACAGCCAGCCCAAGCCAGCCAAGAGAGCCCGCACCUCCUUCACCGCCGAGCAGCUGCAGGUCAUGCAGGCACAGUUUGCUCAGGACAACAACCCCGACGCACAGACGCUGCAGAAGCUGGCGGACAUGACGGGGCUGAGUCGGAGGGUCAUUCAGGUUUGGUUUCAAAACUGCAGAGCCCGCCAUAAAAAACACACCCCCCAGCACACGGUGCCGCCCUCGGGAGCGCCCCCGUCCCGCAUCCCCUCCUCGCUCUCCGACGACAUCCACUACUCGCCCUUCAGCAGCCCCGAGCGGGCCCGGAUGGUGACGCUGCACGGAUACAUAGAAAGUCAGGUACAGUGUGGACAAGUGCACUGUAGACUUCCCUACACUGCUCCACCAGUGCACCUCAAAGCAGACAUGGAAGGACCACUAUCUAAUAGGGGUGAGAAGGUCAUCCUCUUUCAGUACUGACUGCCCGGACUCUUCCUCACCUGCCCAUGGCCCUACCAGCACCACUGCCCCUCAGCCGCUGACACGGCGUCCAGCCCACGGCAACUGGCAUCAGUCCCAGAGGAGAAGCUCAGAUCCAGCACUCCCAGUUCUUCCCAUUGACCAGCACCUCACGCCCACUCCGAUUUCUCCAGCGACACUCUGUGUAUGUGUGUGUUGAGUGCAGAGUUACAUUUGACACUUGUUUCUUGUGGACUUGUAGAAUGACCGUGAGUCUCUCCAAGGCAGUGCCAGACACAGUCAAAACUAGUGACUCUACUGUGCUUGCAAAUCUUGCUCCCAAACCCAUGGGAAUACGAACAACCCAGAACACGCUGAGUCUCAGGGGGGUCGGUGAUCACCUCUGAACAUAAAGGAAGGAGGAAUUUACGUGGUUUGGCCUGAUUCUCUUUUUGCACCAGUGAAGCGGUUCCCGGACAUCCCUCCUUAUUUCCACUUGCAUGUGUGAAAUCUGAAAUGGGCUUUUUGGCUCAGCAACUCGAUACAUAGACAGACCUUCCUGAGCCAAACUCGCAGGUAGCCGAGACUCCACUAAGUGGAAAACAUGAUGCCAGCUGGAAGUAGGCAGUUUUUCUUCCUCCUCAAAGUGCUUUAGAAUCACAUGUCCUUUGAUCACUCAAAGGUAAGUAAAUCUUAGUGUUUUUCCCCCCCGUUUUAUAGGAGGGGAAACAGAGAUGUCCUAAACGGAGAGGAACUGUGGGGGUUGGUGGCAGAGCCAGGUUUAGCACCCUGAAGUUUUUGAUUGCUGACUUGUUCUUAGAACACUGAAUAUCUCUCUCCUCUCACAGCCAUCUGCCAAAUCUUCAUUUUUUAAAUUUUUUUUUAAAGUUUUUUACUCUUGUUCUUUAUUAACAAACUACUUUAUUUCCUUGGAGUCAUAUCGGAUCACAAAUGGGUGAUUUCAGAGUGUACCUACACAAAACUCUCAGACUCUCCAUACUCUGGGACUGGGAAAUGUUCAAUGGAAGGUGACCACAAAGGUGUAGAAAUGUUCUGCCCUGCUGUGGACCCAAGUUCAAUCAGUGGAAACAGCCAGGUAGAAACUGGAGACCAGUUAAAAAGGUGAAGACCACAGUAAGGCCAGCAGGAACGGUCACUAGCCGAGUGGACAGCGAGGUGGUGGCGUGUUCCUCUGUCUGGCAGCGUCACUGAUUCCCUCUGCCCUCCCGUUCUCCCUUGCUGGAGUGCAGCUCCUGGUCCUGCCAGGCCCUGGGAUGAAGGUGCAGCCCGGGAGAACUGCUGCCGGCGGGCUCACGGCAACAGCAAAGGAA